AUGCCCGUGAUUACACCCGAGCAGCUCGUCUCGCUCCAGCAAGCUCGGAGCCAUAUCCGCAACAUCUGCAUCCUGGCCCAUGUCGACCACGGCAAGACGACGCUCUCCGACUGCCUGCUGGCCUCCAAUGGCAUCAUCAGCCCAAAAAUGUCGGGCAAGAUUCGCUAUCUCGACUCGCGGGAGGACGAGCAGGAGCGAGGCAUUACCAUGAAGUCGUCGGGCAUCUCGCUGCUCUUCAAGAUCAUCAAGCACAUCACCCUUGCCGGCACUGUCGAUGACGGGACACUAUCCCAGUCCAAGACCGAGGAAGACGAUUAUCUAAUCAACCUGAUCGACUCGCCCGGACAUGUCGACUUUUCAUCCGAGGUCUCGACAGCUUCGAGACUAUGUGAUGGAGCCCUGGUCAUUGUCGACACCGUCGAGGGUGUCUGCACACAGACCCACACGGUGCUGAAGCAGGCAUGGGUUGAAAACGUCAGACCCAUCGUUGUGCUCAACAAGAUCGACCGGCUCAUCACCGAGCUGAAGAUGACCCCGACCGAGGCAUACAUCCACAUGAAGAACAUCCUGGAACAGGUCAACGCCAUCAUGGCCGUCUUUUACUCCGAGGACCUGAUGCAGGACGAUGCCCGAAAGUUCGAGGAGGUCCAGCAAAAGAAUGCUGCCCCGACCACCAGCAAAGAGGAUGCCGAGGCCCUGGCCAGCGGUCUGGAAGAUUGGAAUCUCGAGGAUCGCGACGACUCCAACAUCUACUUCUCUCCGGAGAAGGGCAACGUCAUUUUUGGCAGCGCUGUCGACGGCUGGGCAUUCAGAAUCAACCAGUUUGCCUCCAUCUACGCCAACAAGCUUGGCAUCAAAGAGUCGCUUCUGCUCAAGGUCCUGUGGGGCGAUUUCUACUUGGAUCCCAAGACCAAGCGGGUUAUUGGCUACAGGUCGCUGAAGGGCCGGUCGCUGAAGCCCAUGUUUGUGCAAUUUGCGCUCGAGAACAUCUGGGCCGUCUACGAUGCGGUUUUCAACCAAACCGACCGCUCCAAGGUCGAAAAGAUCGUCAAGGCGCUGAACCUCAAGAUCCUACCCCGCGAUAUGCGAAGCAAGGACAGCAAGAUGCUGCUGCAGUCCAUCUGUGGCCAGUGGUUGCCACUCUCCAGCUCGGUCCUGGCGGCGGUUGUGGAGCUGCUUCCCUCGCCCCUCGAUGCCCAACGAAUCAGAAUGCCAAAGAUUCUCCACCCCGAACGCCACAUCUCGGCCGGGAACGAUCUGGCCGAGGAUGCUGACGCCUCAGAGCUUGACCGUGCUGUCUAUCGCUGCGAUGCGAGCGCCAACGCCCCCAUUGUCGUCUACAUCAGCAAGAUGUUUUCUGUCCCCGCCAAGGAUCUCCCGGUCAACAAGCGCGUCCAGCUUACGGCCGAGGAGAUGCGGCUCAGGAAAAUGCAGACGCUGCGCAUGCGGCAGGAGAGCGAGGGCCAGCAUCCCAACCGCAGUCUCUCGACCGAGGAGCUGAGGCUCAAGCGGCUGAGUGCGCUUCAGCUCCAGGGCGAGGGACCGGCUCCUCUGGCCGAGAUGGUGACUGCCGUGCCGGCGCCAGAACAACCCAAGAACGAUGACCAUGAGCACCUGAUUGGAUUCGCGCGCAUCUAUUCCGGCACCAUCAAGACGGGCCAGACCCUGCAUGUUCUUGGGCCCAAAUACGAUCCCCGGUUUCCGGACAAGUACCGAUCCGAGAUCAUCGUCGAGCAGCUUUAUCUGCUGAUGGGUCGCGAGCUGCAGCCCCUCGACGAGGUUCCGGCAGGCAACGUCUUUGGCAUCGGCGGACUCGACGCCCAUGUUUUGAAAACCGCCACGCUGAGCAGCACCCCGGAGUGCCGCAGUCUCGGCGGGCUCCGUGUCGAUGCUCCGAUCGUGCGUGUCGCCCUGGAGCCCAAGGAUCCCACCCAAAUGAACCAACUCCGUGAGGGACUCAAGCUCCUCAAUCAAGCUGAUCCCUCUGUCGAAGUUGUUUUGCAAGAAACAGGAGAGCACGUCAUUCUGACUGCAGGCGAGCUUCACUUGGAGCGCUGUCUCAAGGACUUGAAGGAGCGCUUCGCCAAAAUCGAAAUCCAGUGUUCUCCGCCAAUCGUGCCAUUCCGCGAGACAAUCUCAAAGUUCCCGAGCCUGACAGCAACGACGACGGGCGAAGCCAAAGACGACACAGUCGACACUGAUGACGAUGAGGCCACAGAGGCCAAACCCCCAGCUGCGCUUCCAACUGGCAGCACCGUUCUCUACACCCGGAACAAGACAUGCAAGGUCCAUGUGCGCGCUCUCCCGCUGCCUCCGAAUGUGGUGCAGUUCCUCAUCAAGAGCGAAGCCAGCAUCAAGUCGGUGCUCCAAUCCGACGACAGCGGCAGCCACAUCGACGACCUUCUCAGCAAGCUCAAGGAAGAGUUUGCGAUUGCAGAGAAGGAAGGCGACCUUGUCGAGCCCGAGAAGUGGGCCGGUGUUGUGGACCGAUUGUGGGCUUUUGGACCCAAGCGCAUCGGCCCAAACAUGCUUGUCAACAACAUCGCGGGAUACGACCGCGCUGUUUGGAUCCGCAACGCCAAGGCUAGUGGCCAGUAUACCUCGUCCAACAACAAUGAGUUGGAUCGGGCCUUUGACGACGAUGCCCGCGAGAGCCUCGAGGACAGCGAGGACGGCCAACAGGAUCGCGAAGGGCAGGACGAAGGUCCUGUCGAUGGCGACCACAUCCUCGGCGCCAAGGAUUUUGACGGCAGCAUCAACACAAGCUUUCAGCUGGCCACUCAGGUUGGCCCCAUGUGUGCCGAGCCGAUCAUGGGAGUGUGCUACUUUGUUGAAGAGUUUGAAAUCGAUGCGGCGGCACAGACAUCGAAGGUUAGCUCGCUUUCUGGACAGAUUCUAGCAACCUUCAAGGAUGCUUGCAAGCAAGCCUUUCUGGGAUGGUCCCCGCGCCUCAUGCUGGCGAUGUAUUCGUGCGAGCUGCAAGCCCCAGCUGAGGUCCUGGGCAAGGUUUACGCCGUGUUGGCCAAACGACGAGGACGCAUCAUUUCCGAGGAGAUGAAGGACGGCACGCCCUUCUUCAACAUCAAGUCGCUUCUUCCUGUCGUCGAGAGUUUCGGAUUUAACGAUGAUAUUCGAAAGAGAACCAGUGGCGCGGCCAGUCCACAGCUGAUUUUCUCAGGCUUUGAAGUCUUGGACCAGGAUCCAUACUGGGUGCCCACGACCGAGGAGGAGCUGGAAGAUCUUGGCGAGAAGGCCGACAGAGAAAACCUGGCCAAGAAAUACCUCGAAAACGUCCGGAAACGCAAGGGUCUCUUUGUCGAGCGAAAGAUCGUCGAGCAUGCCGAGAAACAGCAGACACUGAAGAAGAAAUAA